AUGGAGGACUACAUUAAGGAGGCUCUCCAGCAAGGCUUCAUCCAUCCCUCCACAUCACUGGCAGCAUCCAGUUUCUUUUUCGUGGGCAAAAAGGACGGAGGCUUGCGGCCUUGUAUUGAUUACAGAACUCUCAACUCUCAAACUGUCAAAUACCCAUAUCCCCUUCCACUAGUGCCGGCUGCCCUGGAGGAACUUCGUGGAGCUUGUAUCUUCUCCAAGCUGGAUCUGCGAAGUGCCUAUAACCUCGUUCGUAUCCACCAUGGUGACGAGUGGAAGACCGCUUUCAUAACGCCCACUAUGGCGUAUGGACACUAUGAAUAA